CGUAUUCACAAGAGCAUCUAAAACGCCACCAGCAUAUUCACACUGAAGAGAAGCCGUACAGCUGUGACCAAUGUGGAUCAGCUUUUAUAAAAUUGUGGGUUCUAAAGGUCCAUCAGCGUAUUCACACUGGAGAGAAGCCGUACAGCUGUGACCAAUGUGGCUCAGCUUUUCGAAGGUUAGAGCAUCUAAAACGCCACCAGCAUAUUCACACUGAAGAGAAGCCGUACAGCUGUGACCAAUGUGGCUCAGCUUUUCGAAGGUUAGAGCAUCUAAAACGCCACCAGCAUAUUCACACUGAAGAGAAGCCGUACAGCUGUGACCAAUGUGGCUCAGCUUUUCGAAGGUUAGAGCAUCUAAAACGCCACCAGCAUAUUCACACUGAAGAGAAGCCGUACAGCUGUGACCAAUGUGGCUCAGCUUUUCGAAGGUUAGAGCAUCUAAAACGCCACCAGCAUAUUCACACUGAAGAGAAGCCGUACAGCUGUGACCAAUGUGGCUCAGCUUUUCGAAGGUUAGAGCAUCUAAAACGCCACCAGCAUAUUCACACUGAAGAGAAGCCGUACAGCUGUGACCAAUGUGGCUCAGCUUUUAGACAUUUGGGGAGUCUAAAACUCCAUCAGCGUAUUCACACAAGGGUAAACAUGUAAGUCUGGGCCCAGUGUCAAUGUGUGUCUACACCAUGUAAUCUACAAACCCACCACUGCAUGUUUCAGAGCUUUGAAAUGAGCAUGUGCACAGAUCUGCAACUGUAGAAGUCAUAUUUUGAUUUUGAGGGUCUUCAUGAUGAUUAUUGGGACAAAAUAUUUGGAAUCUAUCCCUGACUGCUUUUAAUAGAAAUUUUAAAACUUAUUUUAUAUACACCUUAGACUGUUAGGUCAAGGUCAAAGUGUUU